ACCGCGCGCAUAAAUGGUUCGAACCGACGCCGUCGGCGCCGUCAUGCCUCCGCGCAGAAGCUUCUUGGCGCCCCUCCCGGACCUGGACGAGAUCCGCCAGCCGGGCGACGACGAGCCCGCGCGUCCGGCGUGGACCCCGCGCGCCGUCGCGCGGCUCCGGCUCGCCGCCCCGCAGCCGGACGCGCGCGCCGCGGAGCGAGCCCGUCGGCGGAGGCGACUGGCCGCCAACGCCCGCGAGAGGCGGCGCAUGCUCGGCCUCAACGUGGCCUUCGACCGGCUGCGGAGCGUCAUCCCGCGGCUGGAGAGCGACAAGAAGCUGUCCAAGUCCGAGACGCUCCAGAUGGCCCAGAUCUACAUCGCCACCCUCAGCGAACUGCUGCACGACCGAGACCGGGACCGGGACCCGGACGAGGACGGAGGCUCGCCCCCGGGUCGUCCGCGGAGCCUCUGCGAGGGCGAGGAGGAGGAGGAGGAGGAGGAGGAGCCCCACGCGCAGACCCAACACAAGCCCAAGUGACUCCUGCUGCUGUUGGUUCUGCCGGGAGGGACACUUGGCAACACGACUUCUUUUUAAGUUUGUUUUUGUUUUGGGGUUUUUUUUUUGUUUUAGCCCGACUUGCCUCAGCAUUGAGACAGAUUGCAGUUGACUUGCAAAUUCUGCUGUUGUUUGUCAACAUGCCUCAUGUAACUUUAUUCUGGACUCACAUCCAAAUGUAUAUAUUGGUUCAUCUCAUUAAAUAACUGCUUUCGUGCAGGACGAUCAAUA